CGUCCCUUUGUUGCGUGUUAGCUGGGUGCUCACCAGAGGUACCUGUGGGACGGUUGAGUGAGUAUGUUCUCGGACAUGAAGGGUUGAGGGAGGCAGGAAACCUCGCUAAAGGCCAGGAGUGGCCGAGAACUGAGCUGGUGAGGGGAAACUAGCUUGAUACCGGCUCCCUUUAUUGGGGUCGGAGCUACCUGAACUGAUCACUUUUGACCGGAUCACAAUAGCCAUGGCCGUUGGGUUUGGGGACCCUAACAGCGGAUUUCGUCACACGGAAGUGAUCCGGUUCAUCAAUAAUGAAAUCCUAAUGAACGGUGGGGGCCAAGACUUCUAUUUGACCUUCCGCUCGCGGUCAUGGAGUGAGAUAGAGGAUGGUCUUCAUAACAUCUUGGGUGACCAGCAGAUGCCGCGCAACCACAAGAGGGCCUGCGCGUGGAGUGCACUGGCCUUGGCAGUAAGAGUGGCCACUGGACAACGAGAGCAGCACAUGCGUCGGGUUAGGCGGCUGAAGGAACAGCUAGGGAACCGUGAGGCCCUCUCUUGGGCUCUGGCUUCGGAGCUACAACAGCUGCGUCAGCAGCGAGACCAGGCGACUGCGCAGCUGCACGUUACAAGGUCUGCUCUGCAGCAUGCACAGAAUGAGUGCAAUAUGCUCCUUGGGAGGCUGUUCCAGUUUGAGAGGUGUGCACAGAUUGCCCCAGUAUCACAAGAUGUAGAGCCUGGACUACAAGCCCCGCAACUUGGGGCCACAGCAUGGCCCAUAGAACAACAAAGAGAUGUGUGGGCCAUGGGAGAAUACAACAGGCUGCUUUUCGAGAACCCAGUAGGAGCCCCAACAAGUGCUUUUUACCUGCCAACUUCCUGGGUUCCAACUAUGCCAUCUCCAUUUCCCGUUCUAAUGCCUCAGCCCUUUCCGCUUCAUGCACCAUUCUCCAUGAGAUUGCAAUCCUUGCAGCCUCCAGCACCCUCAGCUUUCACUGAAAGAGAGAUGGGAGUCCAAUUUCAGAUGCCACCUGUGGGGAUGUACCCACCUGGACUAUCUGCUGGAGGAGGGUUCCAGGAGCAGAUGGUGCCUCUGUGGGACCAGAGUUGCUACAACGUGUUGGGAGGCCUUGAGAUGCUGCAAGAAUCAGCCUCAGGGAACAACAGCCUCAACGUGGAACAUCUGCAAAUGCCUCAGGGAGUGCUUGUCCCUGGGGAAAGCGGAUGCUUCAGACAAGAGGAAGACAUGGAGAAGUCCCUGGGAGUAGCACCCCAGCAGGACAGAGGAAACUACACCCAGGAACCACGUCAACUGUGGCCCCAGGGAAUGCCUUUCCUCGGAGAAAACUGGCAAUACUACCAACAAGAAUAUCAAGAGAGACCUCAGGAGAUGGUUUCCUUGGGAAACAAUACAAAAUACAACCAGGAAAAUGGUCAAAAGGCCCGCAUUGCGACACCUCCAGGUUUCAAAAGUAUUCGUUGCCAGGGAGACAGCAUAGAGAGAGUUCAGGAUGAUAUGACAUAUCUAGGCAUCAGCAGAAGUCAAAGUAGGGGAAAAGUUACAGAAUACAUUCAGUCUGUGAUAUUACCAGGGAUCACAAGAAGCCAUAGCCAGGAAAAUGUAGGAAAAGCUCAGGAUGCAAUAUCCUUAGAGUUCAACAGAAAUCAUAGAGAUGAAGAGAGAAUGCAGUGCUUGAUUCUCCCAGACAUGAAAAAUCAGGACGUGGAAACAAGUGCAGAUAUAGCCAAAGACAUCACUUUGUGGAAGAGCUGGAGUCAAGCUGUUAAAGAAAGCCCUAAGAAGCAGCAGCCUCAGCUGCAGAAUACCAAGCAAGCACAAGAGAAAAAGGCCCAGGAAUUGCAACAGAAGUCUGAUUUGUGCUAUACUCCAGAGAACUGGGUCUGCACAUGGUGUAAAAGGAUGAAUUUUCCGUGGCGCAUCGCCUGCUAUAAAUGCAAGAAGAUCCAUGUCCAAAUUGAGAGUGAUGAUACUUACCCAGGGCAAAUGCAGUAACUUCAGGAAGGUGGUGGAUUCUCGAUGGCUGUUACUGACUGGCGGAUACCUCGGAAAAGCUGAAGUCAAGAAGCUUUUCCCUCCCUUCUCCCUUUUGUGAAUCAUCCCUUCUCCUUUUUCUGAAACAUUUUUUCUCCUUUUUCUAAAACAUCACAUGUGUUUGAUUGGUAGCAGCCUUAUAAUUUUAUAAUUGUAAGCUAUGUGUAACUUUAUGAACACCACUUUUCCUAAUAAUGCUAUGAUUUCUA